AAGAUAUUUUAACACUCCCGUUUGGGGUUUAUCUUGUUUUCGAUAGCAGAAAAAAGAAACUAUACCCACCCAAUCCAUGGCUUACUCACCCUGUCAUUCUAUUUCAACAACCUUUCUUCUUCCUCUUGCAUCUCUCUCUGACCAUAACCCUUCUCCUACUUCCCGCACCAGAACCACCAACAACAAUCCACCACUAAUUCCCACUUCAACUCUUCCUAAAACGAACAACAACAACAACAAGAUGAAGAAGCAGCAGAGACCACCCCAGCCCAGUGUAAGAGAAGUUGAACGAGUUAUUGGAGCUGGAUGCUACCGGGAUAAUGAUCCAAAUCCAAAGGAGUCGGAGGAGGAUUCAGAGGAAUUGGAGUCGCUGUUUGAUGGGAUUUUGCCGAUAUCUACUGGUAAAUUUGAGGGACCAGUGGAGAAAAAGCUUCGAAAGACUGGAGAGUGGCUUGCUGUCCAAACUGAGUCAACAUUUCAGUCUUCAGGUAGAAGAAUUCUGAUAUUUGUGCUUUGGUGGGUUUUACCAAUUUGGACUUUGUUACUCCUUGUGGCUUCUGGAGCAAUAGAGCUGCCGUUCAGCACACCAUUACUGGAUGACUUGCUUAUGUGAAUAACCAGUCCAAGCGCAAGGCUCCAAAUCCAAUACGGUUGUCUUCUGCUGGACGAUGAUAUUAAUCAGUUAUAUGAGACUGUCCAGCUUACAGCACCAUUUUGAUUUCAAGUUCCAUAAAAAUGAUGUCUGAGUUGGAAAGAUGUCUCAAUUAAGUCGGCGCAUCAUUCUCUGUAAGUAACUCUGUUCCAGAUGACGCUGUAAUAAUGCCAUGUUCUGUGACAAAUGACAAUUGCAUAUGUUGGCUUUAGUAUAUAUAUCUAUUUCCCUGCACCAGAUUAUGCCUCUUAAUAAUGUUAUAUUCAAUGAUAAUUGUAUAUGAGAUCUUAUUUCUAUGUUUAUUGCCAUUCAGCUACUUGCAUAUGCUA